AUGAAUAAUUUUAACAUUUGUUACAAUGCAUUAUAUCGCGCAUUUGAUCAAGAAAAUGUGAUAAUACCACUUGCUCUAGUCGAAAUUCUGAAGCCUCAGAAUCCCGUGGAUUCAUCUAUCAUUCAUACGAAUACAAAUGAUGAUGAAGCUGAAUGCCGUACUACAACAAGUAGCGAAGAUUUUAUUGACGAUGAAUCCGACGGUUUAGAUAACAUCGAUUCGAGAAAUACAAAUCAGGGAAACCCCAAGAGCCGUACAAAUGACAAAUCUGCAGACAAUAACAAAAACGCAAAUUCACUCAAUUUACCGUUAUCAUCGUUAAAGCUAACAAACAAACCAAAUCCACUCGACUUGCCUCAUGAUCAAAAACAGCGACAAGAAAUUGAUUCCAAGCUAAAUCAACUCAUCUUUGGUAUUCGACAACAAAAAUUAAAAACAAAAAAGAAAGAAAUCUACGAGCUACCCCCAUUAAUCAAACAACUUAUUAGAUGUUUAUAUCCAUCAGACAUCGAUGACAACAACUGUUCACAAAAACCAGAUAUUGUAUUCACUCUUCGAACAUUCAUUGAACUGUUUCGCGUGUAA